UGGAGCGUCGAGGUCGGGCUCCGCCUCCGCUCCACCCAGACCCCGCCCAUUCCCCCUCUCGCCGUCUGUCAGAUAAAGCUCGGCCUGCUACGGAGGAGGACGUAAAGCGGAGUUGACUAUGUGGGCAGCAUGCUGCAGCUGGUCGUGCCUCAAUGGACUACCAGAGGAGAUGCAGGCCCACCCACAGCAGGGGAGUCGCACACAGGCCUACUCCAACGCAGGCUACAGCUCCUUCCCUUCGCCCACGGGGUCCGAGCAGAGCUGCAAAGCCUGUGGGGCGCACUUCAACAACUCCUCCCUGAAGCACAUCUGCUUGGACUGCAAAAAGGAUUUCUGCCCGGCCUGUUCACAUCAGCCUGAAAGCGGCCCCUGCCUGUGCCUCCUCUGCGAGCGGUUCCGGGCCACCAACUUCCAGCGGGAGGAGCUGAUCAAGAUGAAGGUGAAGGACUUGCGGGACUACCUGGAGCUGCGGGAAAUCUCCACGGAGAUGUGUCGCGAGAAGGAUGAGCUGGUGUUUCUCAUCAUUGGCCAGCAGCCUCCCGUCCCGCAAGGGGACAGGACUACUUGGGCAGCUCCUUUUACGACGGAGUCCGCCGGGCCACAGCCGGACUUGGAGGCCGUGCCACAAACUGGAUUGCCAGAGUCUACCUCAACGGAUGUCUCUCCGGCAUGGAACUCCUCAGAUAUGGUCUUGCAGACUGAGGAAGCCCUGCAGGCAAAUGGGCAUGUGCCACCCAGCCAAGACGACAUGGGGGAAGUGGAGAACGCAGUCGAAGCCAUGACUGAGGAGGAGACUCAGUCCACCGACUCGGAGGACACCUUGGUUUUGGGACGCAGGGCCUCGCUGUCUGACCUGACAAGCGUGCGAGACAUUGACGCCCUGUCCGUACGGCAACUGAAGGAGAUCCUCGCUCGCAACUUUGUGAAUUACAAGGGCUGUUGUGAGAAAUGGGAGCUGAUGGAGAGGGUGACCCGUCUGUACAAAGAGAAGGACCUUCAGCAGCUGGUUUCGGACACAGAUGAUCAAACCGCUUCGUCUGGGAACGCCCCUCUCCCCGGCUCGGAAGAGAACCUCUGCAAGGUCUGCAUGGACUCGGUUAUCGACUGCGUCCUCCUGGAGUGCGGUCACAUGGUUACCUGCACGAAAUGCGGGAAGCGGAUGAACGAGUGCCCCAUCUGCCGGCAGUACGUCAUCCGAGCCGUCCACGUCUUCAGGUCUUAAGGAACGCUGGCAGCGGAACCGGCGAUUGUCUCGGAAUGCUUUUCCAUUGUGAUGGGAGGGACCACCGGCUCGCGAGCACCUUGCCCGACAUUCCUAAGCUCGCAGGAGAAAAAAAACGGAGGACUGCGGGGCCUCGAGUUUGUGUGACUCGUUUUUUUUGAGUACACGGCUGUGCACGAUACACCUCAGUGCCUGGAGAGCUGGAAGUCUUCACUGGACGUUCAGACACAACCCCAAUUUGCUCUUUCCUGCCGGCUCGUGAAGAAAGGACCGGAGAUCUGAGGCUUCCCCCCUUCUCUGAUGAAUAAACCAAGUGGCCUAAGCAAGCUAGCACAUGAGAGCGGAGACAGGGUUUGCUGCUACCGAUUCUCCUUCCUCUCUCUAUAAAAUAUUCCGCUUCGGGUUAUGCCUUUCUUUAAAAAUUGUAUUUCAGGGGCUAAUUCCUUUUCUGAUGAUUAUUUUUUUAAAAAAACAAAACAAACGUAAACCUCUUUUGGUUCUGUUAGUUUGCCUUACAGGUCACGCCACAGGGCGGCCCUUCGGAGUUCCUGUAUAGAUCAGAUUUAAUGGUAUCGGGAGGAUGCCCAUGAAGAAACUUCUGCUGCGGCGCCCCGCAGCAGGAAUUUACAACUGUGAAGGACUUGGUAGAAACGUUGGUGGAUCUGUGUGCUUUUAAUGCAUACUGCUAGGUCUACCUCCUGGUUUACUUUUAAAAAAACCGAUGAGCAAAUCCAGUGGGUUUCUGGGAACGGCAAGCGACAUUAGGCUCGAUUAAAUGCACCUCGUUCCA